GUCCUUUAGGUUUCCCAUUGACUGUCUAUUACCUUCCCACUGUGUUCCCUUUGCCUUUCCUUAGGUUUCCCUUUAUUUUCCACUAUGUUUCCCAUUUCCCUUCUCGUAAGUUGCACCUUGCCUUGCAGUAGCUUGCCUUUGUCUUCCCCUUGCUUUCCAGUCGGUGAUCACUUUCCUUUUCCUAGGUUUCCCCUUGCUUUCCCCUUGCCUUCCCCUGCACUGCCUCUUGUCUUCUCCUAGGUUUACCCAUGCACUACCCAGUGUGUCUCUUUUCUUCCCCUAGGUUGUCUUUUGCCUUCCCCUAGAUGUUCCCUUUAAUUCCUAUAGAUUUCCCCUUCACUGGUCCAUUGAUUUCCCAUUGUAUUCCCCUUGGAUGAUUGUGCUGAGGUUGCUUCUGUUCAGCUGAAACAGGCCACGAGAAAGCUGAUGGGAUGGGAUGCCUGUUGAAUAGUGGUUUUCAAGAUAACAGAGUUCUCGUUAAUGGCAAAAGCAUGAAUGGGGAAAAAAUGCCCAAAAAAGUACAGCCUAGGUACACAAGAAGGAAGAAAUGUCACAAAAGGGGACAGUACUGUGGUACCAGAGGUCACCUAGAUAUAGUUUGUGAUCAGCUCACAGCUUUGUACUUCAAGGAACAGCUGAAGAAGGUGGAGACACAUGCAUGACUGUAGGGAAAUGCCAGGGUGAGAGCAAGAUGGGCAAUGGAGUUGGGUGUCUAGGGCCUUCAGGUAGGUGUCAAGAAGCACAGGAAAACCUGCAGCACAGCAGGUAGAAGGCGCUGGCAAGGAUGGAAGGCCUCAACUGCACUUAAAUCUUUGAUCCCUUAGCCAUAGCUAAUGAGGAGAUGCAUUAUACUCCUGGCACGGAGGACCUGUUGCUUCCUUGCAUAGGCUGAGAGGUGUCAUACCAUCGUCCUUCACUUGAAAACACUCCGUACAUCCCACAUGCUGCCCUGGAAGGGCCCUCAGUAAUGCAUGAAUGGCAGAUCUCUUCUCCCAGUGUCUGAGAUCAGACCUUGGCCCUUCUGAUAGUUUUCCCAGCACAGUUCUUUGCCUGUCUUCAAUUAUCUGCUCUAUAAAGUCCAUGGGGAGUUUUGUAAGUAAUGGCCCUCAAUGGGGCCCAUUAACACUGCAAGUCUCUUCAACUUUUCCUUCUGAGUUUACCUUCUCAACGAGUUACAUCAUUCUUAUACCUCAACUUAGUAGACUUAGUACCAAACACACCAUGGGGCUCAUUGCAGUGCAGAAGCAAUAAUGAGUCACAUCUCUUCCAUAACUUGAUAGAAGACUGGAAACUUUGUCAGUAUUUUGUGCUUUUCAAGCACCAUCCUCCACUUGAUAUUGACCCAAGUAGCAUUCUGUGAAGAACUAGAUAGGCAGGAAAAGCAGUCCACUCCUCAGCUGUAUUUCUCCAGAGAGGCUCAUCUUCCCCUACAGAUAGCUCUACAAGAAGUGUUUUGUACAGAGAGAUGGAAAAUAAUAAAAAUAAACACGUUGUGAAGCUGGCUAAGGACACAGACAGACUACUGAAAGACUAGCAAACUUGAAUGCUUUGAAACUCAAAGCAGCAACUGGGCAGGUGAGAAGGAUCUGAGUGAUCAAAGAGUAAGAUAAUAAAAUAUCUGGAGAACAAUGGGAAGUGCAUAUGUCCAGGCAGGAUUCUGGAAAUGUGGCUUUCCAGCAUAAUCAGGGUAGACGAAAGCACCUGGAAGAUUAAGAAGACUAAAUGCACACCAUGACUGAGCAGUGGCAAUGCAAGUAAAGGGAAGGAUCAAUAAUUCUUCUACAGUGAUUACGCACUCUGAAAACUCAUAUUUCUUCAAGACAGAAGUCAAGCAGUGUUACAUUAUAUUGAGAGGAUGGCAUUAUUUAUUAUUAUUUAUUAUUUAUUAUUUAUUAUUUAUUAUUAUUAAUUAUUAUUAAUUAUUAUUAAUUAUUACAACUGCCCAAUCCAGCACACAAAACCUUCCCAGAGACAAGUUGGUGGGCUCUUAGGAUUGACCCACAGUUGAAAUGGCCAGUGGGAACCUCAGAAACUUGGCUUUAUUCUUACCAAAUGACACCAAAAUGUCUCUGAACCAUCUUAGGUCAUCUGUGGCAAACAAAGGCUGAAAGAUUCAGAGCAGAUCACUUCAAGUGGCUGAGGCAGAACCUUUCAGCUUCCUCCCAUGCUCCCAGUGUGGAACAUGUUCCCUUCUAGCUGGGAAAAUUAAAGGAAGCCAUGUGAAAAAACCCUUCAGGUCUAUCUUCAGAGUAAGGAAAACUAUAAAAAUUUAUUGUGCCGUAGAGACAGAAGGCAACAAGCAUUGGAUUGUGCCUCAUAUUAGUGAAAGAGAACUAAUCCAUUUUAUCUUGAAGCAAACAACUGAAGCAAAGUGAAAGGCACUGUCUUAGAGCCUAAUGUGACGAAGAAGGCAGAUCUCCAGUGUGAUCUUGUGCCAUGACCAAUGCCAGUUAUGCUAGAGAAAGAGCAAGGAAGAGCACCAAGCCAGCAUCAGUGUACAGAAGAGCCCAUGGGAGUGAGUGCAGACUGACUUGACCUCUGUCAGCAACAGCUUGAAAAAAAUAAGUGCAUCUUGAUAUCAGUGGGUCUUUUUUGUAACAGGGGAAUAGACCCUCUUCAUGGGCACCAAUAUGGAGACCACUGCUUUUAAACUGUUGUUUAACAUCAACUUUUCUUCAUAAGGUCUCCUCUGUACCAUAGAAUCCAACCUCAGCAGCCACUUUGUCACAGUCAUUAAGCAUGAACGCUGCCAGGCCUAAAUGUAACAUGUUCCCCCCGACUGUGUCAUCACACAGGGCAAGUGGAGGGGAGAUGAUAGCAAAGAAAUACAUUUGACCGUAGAUGUUGUGGUCCAACAGAAACAUGGAGCCAAGGAAGUGGACAGGGAGGGGCAGGAAAGGCAACAGAAGUGGUGAUGGGUAAGAAUUAAUGGGCAGACCAACAGGUGAUACGUUGUGAGUUUUUACUACAGGCCACCUGACUGAGAUGAGAAGUUGAUGAGGCAUUCUGCAGUCAGCUGGAAGCAUCCUCACAAUCACAACCCCUGCAGAACUUCAUGCAUGGGGACUUCAGCUAACCUGAUAUCUGAUAGAGAGAUUUCAUAGCCAGGCAGAAACAGUCCAAGAGGUUUGUGGGUCUGUGCAGAGAACCGAUGGUAAUUUUUGACACAGGUGAUGGAAAAGCCAAGAAGGAGACGUGUAUCUGGGCCUUGCACUAACAAAUAUGAAGGACUGGUUGGAAAUGUAAAAUUUGCGGGUAGCCUUGGCAGCAGCAACUAUGAGAUGGUAGAGUUCAGGUUCUUUCAGGGAGGAUGCAAAGCAACAAACAGAAUUGCAGCUUUGGCUUCUUCAGGAUCCUGCUUGGAGAAAUCUCAUGGGAUGGGGCACUAGAAGGAAGAGGAGUUAAAGAGAGGAGGUCAGUAUUCAAGCAUCUCAUCUUUCAGGCUCAGAGUCAGUGCAUUCACACUAGUAAGAAUUCUAGCAAAGGAGGCAGGAGAACUGCUUGGAUGAGCAAGGAGAUGAUGAGAAAACUCAAACAAAAGAAAGAAGUGUACAGAAUGUGGAAAAAGGGACAGGCCACUUGGAAAGAAUACAGGAGCGUUCUCAGAAUAUGCAGAAAAGCUAAGGCCUGUUUGGUAUUUAAUCUGUCAAGGGGUGUAAUGGACAAAAAAAUUGAUAUAUCAGGAGGAAGAAGAAAGCAAGUGGAGGGCAAAAUAGUGAUCAGGAACAGUCAACACUUUUUCAACAAGGGGAAAUCAUGCUUAACCAAUCCGAUAGCUUUCUUUGACAGGAUGACUAGCUGGGUAGAUGGGAUGGAUGUUGUCUACCUGGACUUUGACCAGGUUUUUGACACUCUUCCCCAUAACAUCUAUGUAGACAAUCUUGGAAGAUGUGGAUUAGAUGAGUAGACAGUGAGGUCGAUUGAGAGUUGGCUGAAUGACGGGGCUCACAGCUGUAAGCAGCUGCAGAGUCUGGCUAGAGGCCUGUGGCUUGUGGCAUCCUCCACAGGUCUGUACUGAGUCCGAUCUUGUUCAACUUAAUCCUCAGUGACCUGGAUGAAGGAACAGAGUGUACCCUCAGCAAGUUUGCUGAUGAUACCAGAGUGGGUGGAGUGGAAGAUAUACCACAGGACUGUGUGCCAUUCAGAGAGACCUCAACAGGCUGGAUGGAUGGGCAGAAAAGAGCAUCAUGAAGUUCAACAAGGGGAAACACAAGGUCCUGUAUGUGGAGAGGAAUAACUGCAUGCAUUAGUACAGGUUAGGGGCUGACCUGCUGGAGGGGAGCUUUGCAGGGAAUGACGGAGGCAUCCUGGCGGGCGGUGAGCUGACUAUGAAACAGCAGUGUUCCCUUGUGUCCCAGAAGGCCUCAUCGCCUGCUCCUGCCUGCAGAGGAGAAAGGAAGAGGUUGGAACAAAGGAAAAUAAUAUUAUCCUUACUUGAUUUAUGUGUUUAGGGAAUCUGACUCCAUCAGUGCACAAGGACUUAGGGUGAGAAAAAUAAAGGUAGACGUUAAAGAGGAAGUGAAAGAUAUUACAGCAUGUAUUUUGCACAUGUAUUAUCACAAUUACAACAAUGAAACUACAAAAACUAUGAAGAAAAGAUGGGCUUUGCUAAUGUGAGGUACAUUGGUUAUCAUAUAAGGAUAAUGGCCACCUUAUUGUGGCCAGUAACUUCGCAGAAGAACUGCUCCACAGACUUACUUAUUUUGGCAGUGAGGUACUGAAAAUGUACUGGCAGUGUGCAGCACAGCACAGAUAACCCCACUGCCCCAGGCAGCUGCUGCUGCGUUGGCACAAGCACUGCUGCCCAGAGGAGUCCCAUAGAGCAGGGUUUGCAGAUGGCAACGUAGCAGUCAUAGGCUAUGACAGUGAGAUAAGAAAAUUGAGCUCCAGUGGUGGUGAGAAAGAUCCGGGCAGCAUAACUUGCAUAGGAAAUUGACCUGAUAUCCCAGAGGAAGUUGGCCAUGGGCUUGGUGAAAGCUGUCUUCUUUCUUACAGCCCUGUUAGAUACUGAAGGCCGCUCUGAGGUCUCCUCAGAGCCUUCUCUUGUCCAGGCUGCACACCCCAGCUCUCUCAGCCUGUCCUUGCAGAGAGGUGUUCCAUCCCUUGGAGCAUUUUAGUGGCCUCUCUGGCCAUGCUCCAACAGCUCCAUGUCUCUCCUACGCUGACCAGCAAAAUUAUCCCAUCUUCCUAAAAAGCCCUACAUUAAUAUUUGCAAUCUUCUCAUUUCUAUUUUGCAACAUUAUUUCUUACAAGCAAUGAUUGGCAACCUUGUCAACUUUAGGAGGUGUGUGAAGACUUCCCCUCUAAAAAUCCCAGUAUAAAUGUGAGCUUCUGUAAAGUGAAUGCAACCAAUUUAAUUCUCUUGCUUUCUUUUUUCUAAGACUUAUGGAUCAAUCAGUCUUCCUAAAGACUCUGGAAAAACACAGAUGCUUUUCAGAAAAUUUUUCUGCUGCCAGGGGAGUAGGUGAAAAUUUUCCUAUAUCCUCAAGAGCAGAACAUACUCUUCCACUCCGAUUUUAGGAAAGCAUAAUUGGAAUAUAACUCUCUGCAGACAGAGGGGCCCAAGGGUUUUGAGGAAAGAGUGAAAUAACAGUGCCUUGUCUGCUCAGCACUUUGCCUAGAUGAAGCUUUAAUGAAGGGCGUAAUACAAUUUCAGUUUUUGCUAAGACAGUGUAGUCCAGUAUAGUCAAUUAAUUAAAAAUACAUCAAAAAUUACAGUCAGAAAGCCAGGCAGAGGAAUGAAAGAAGUAGUGUGUACUGAGUUAGAGAACUGGUGUAGAAAUGGAUUGAUUCUGUGGGAAAUUUAGCAGUCAUGGAAAUCACCAUGUUUCUUUGGCAAAGCUUUAACAACUUGCAUUGAAAAGUGCAUCACUAUGAUGAGAUUCCCCUCAGAGGUCAGGAAGGAUUAGAUGGAUUCAUUUUCUUCUCAGACAGAAAGAGAUACUUUGAUUUUUCACCAAAAAAAAAAAAAGUGUACUAAUGUUUACUAAUGUUUCUUAUUGUUUUUCUUGCUGUCUUCUUGGAGUUUAUCUUCAUGAUCUUAAAUGAAAUCAAUUUUGAAAGUGAAAGCUUUAUGCACAAUAAUUGUUUAAAAAUACACAUUUGUUCAUCUGUUCAUUUCUGCACCCUGUUCUGCUGUUCUGUUAGAGAGCAGAUCUUGAAUUUGCUCAUAUUCUGUCUGGCUGUUACAGGCAUCAGGAGCUGACCUAAUCUACAUUUCAACUACCUCCUUUGGAAACAGCUGCUAGUGUUUCCUCAUUGUCAGUGGGAAGAUAUACAGAUUAGGAUGUGAUUUAUUAAAAUAGCAUAAAAACAUUUUGCUUUGAUAUAAACUGCACCUCUAAGUGCCCGUCUGUCUCCUUUGGCUAUAACUAGUUCAGAUGAAGACGACUCCAUUCUCUCAAAUCAUACCAAAAUGCUGAGAAGAAGAUAGGAUACACUGCAACCUUUGUGGUCCAGGUUUAAGCUAAUUCUCUCAGUUCCCCCUUAUGGCCAAAGAAGAGAAAUACUGUCUUCUCCACAAGGCUCUUCAUCCCAUCCCGAUUACCCUACUGAGAAGAGGUAAGUUGAAUUACACUUCAGAGAGGCUAACUGCCUGGCAAGUGCACAGAAUUGUCCCUGUUCCUAGGUCUGUCUCUUUAGCAACAUGGCUAAGGUUUAGUAGAAUGAAUCCAGAUCCAAGUGACUGAUUUCUCACUGCACUCAAAUCCAUGGUGAAGUUGGGUAUAACAUUUCUCUGGCGGUUUGGAAGGGGUGCACCGGUGCAUCCAUCUUCAGUGAGUCCGUUAUUUGCUUGUUAGGACUGGAUGUGGAACAGAAGUUGCACUCAUGUGAAGGAGUUCAUCCUGGUUGGAUUUCCUGGCUCUCCAUAUUUGCAGCUAACGAUGUUUCUCUUCCUCCUCUUUGCAUAUGUCCUGACAGUAAUGAGCAAUAUCUCCAUUAUCAUUCUGGUGACGACACACCGUCAUCUCCACAGCCCUAUGUAUUAUUUUCUUUGUAAUUUUGCCUUCCUGGAGAUCUGCUUCACCACUGCCUGUGUCCCAAAGACAUUGGUUAAUUUGGGGUCACAGAGUCAAUCCAUUUCCUUCACAGGUUGCCUCCUUCAGAUGUACUUCGUCUUUUCUUUCGGUUGCACAGAAUAUUUCCUCCUCACUGUCAUGGCAUACGACCGCUACUUGGCCAUAUGCUACCCCCUAAGCUACACCACCAUCAUGAACAGCACUCUGUCCACAUGGCUGGCAGCGGUUUCUUGGAUAGGUGGUUUCCUGACCAUUUCAGUGCCCACAUUUUUGAUUUCCAGGUUGUCUUUCUGUGGCUCUAAUGUCAUCAACCACUUUUUCUGUGACAUCUCUCCCUGGAUUAUCCUUUCCUGUACAGAUACCUCCCUUGUGGAGAUGGUGUGCUUCAUCAUGUUUGCCAUUGUCAUCCUUGGCUCCUGUGUCAUUACCUUGGUCUCAUAUACUUAUAUCAUAUAUACUGUACUGAAGAUCUCAUCUGCACAAUGCCGCAGAAGAGCGUUCUCCACUUGUUCUUCCCACCUCAUGGUAAUAACUGUUUGGUAUGGAUCCACUAUCUUUCUCCACGUCAAGCCUUCCAUCAAAGCUUCCUUGGAACUGACCAAAAUAAUCACCAUUUUAAACACUGUUAUAACUCCUCUGCUAAAUCCCUUCAUCUACACGUUCAGAAACAAGGAGGUGAAAGAAAUUUUGAAAAAGGCUUUCAGUUGGAAAACAGAAAGCCAUGCAUAAAGAUUUUGUCCUGGACUGUUUUUUGAAGCAUAUCAGAAAAGAGCAGCAGCUUCAGGGAUGUUUCAAGUUUCAAGAAAAGAUUUCUUUUAGAAUGUUCUCAGUCCUCAGCUAAGUUAUACAUCUGUAUUCAUGACAUGACCUUCUUAAACUUUCAGAACAGAAAAAAGGUUUGCCAACAACACAGAUUUAAUAUAUCUUUGGAAGAAAAUCAAGAUGUCUUUUCAGUAACCGUGCUGUCAGACCGGAAAUGAGCCACCAUCGGAGGUACAAAUAGUGACAGAGGACUGUUUCUCCUUUUCCAAGUGGGUCAGCACUUCUGUUCCCUUUGCUUCGAUCUCAGGUUUGCAAAUUCAAGUGUCUUUUUAGGUUACGUAACUGCAACUUAGUCUUGCCUGCCCUUCUCUUGGAGAACACAGGGCACUGAAAAAAAAAAAAAAAAAAAAAAAAAAAAACACAGCAAUUGUAAAUUUCCCCCUUUUGAUCAUUCUCAAGUGUACAAACUAAUUAUUUUAUUUUUACAGAAAUCCCAUUUCCCUCUUCUUCCCGCCUGCAUUUCCAGAGAAGCAAUUGUCCCCUCACAAGUGUAGCACUUGUGAGGCUGUGCAGUGAAUAUCUUGUUUAGUUUGGGGCCCUUUGCUACAAAAAGGUUACUGACUUGCUUGAACAUGUGCAGAGAAGAGCAACAAGGCUGAUGAAGGGACUAGAAAAUAAGGCACAGGCAUACAAGGGAAUUGUGACUUUAAUCUAGAGGAAAGGAGGCUGAGGGAAGACUUCAUCACUCUCUAUAACAUCCAUUUGCAGGGACAACCUGUAAACUACAGAACGAUACCUGCUGUAAAGAGGAGUGAUGGUAAUUGGGAUGUAUGGGAAACUGUGGGACCUGAACAUGCUUCGAAGACAGAAUAAGGUGUGGUUAUUGGCCAUGUUUCAGAUGGGAUGGAGUUGAUUUGAUUUGCUUCAGAGUGUCUGGAAUAAUGCCAUGGUUUGGCUUUAGGAGAAAAACAAUUUUGAUAACACAGCAUUGUUGUGCAGCUAUUGCAGAGCAGUGCAUUUCAUUUUCUUGUACUGCCCUGCCAGUGAGGGGGCUGAGAGGGCACACAAGGAGCUGCAAGGGGACAGUACCAGGAUAGCUGACUUAAACUGCCCAAAGGGAUAUUCUGUACCAUAUGAGAAACCUAUAUCAUGUGAUAAAACUAUAACAUGGAGGGAAAUUGGCUGAGGGGCAGCCACUGCUUGGUGAAAGGAUAGGCAUUUGUCAGUGCAUGGUGAGCAAUUGUGUUGUGUAUCACUUAAUUUGUGUA